AUGAUGUGGCGUGGUAGGUGGCUGCCACUUCUCAACGUCCUUCUUUCCCUGACACAGGUGCCGGCAGAGUUGUGCAGACAUGGGGAGGCACUCAACAAUCAGUUGGAUGAUGUAAGCAUUCUCCUGCAGCACUUGAGGUUCGGGGGUGCAAAUGCAACCAAGAUUCUGAAAAGGAAGCACGGUGCGAUCCUACGCAGGGAUGUCAACGAAGCCAGUGGCAAUACUACAGCUGAACACGUGGCUGAACAGAUGGCACGCCAAAUUAUGGUGGAGCUAGACAACAGCACACGGGAGCUUUUCAAGUCGCCCAGGGCAGGGUCAGGGCUAGGAAUCAAACGCGUGAAUCAGACCAUGAUUGAUCCUGGCCAAAGGGAGGUUGUGAGCCGAGAGCAGACUAUCUUCGUGACAGCGGACUAUGAAGCAAAUUCUUCAAAUAGAGGAAUUGAGGUUCAAGUGGACAUUGAACUUGCCGCGGCAAGUCAAAUUCUGUGGGUUUUCGUGCUCUUGUGGGUGCCAUUAUUGGUGGCUUGGCUUUUCUGGUUUUACCAAGAACGGCAUAAGGGAAAUCAGAGCCUUUUGUACCAACCGCUGCUACAAUUCAGCGUGGGCGCGUUGACCAUCAGCUCAGUGAUUGGAAAUCAAUCUUUGUCUAUUUUGACGCGAGCACCUAUGGCAUUAACCUUUUUCCAGUCUUUGAUGUCUGUGGUUGUUGGCGUAGUUCUGUGGGCAUGCCAAGUUUGGAACGCUCCGGGUGCACAGCCACCCGCCGAACAGAUAUGGUUCGGGCUGUUGAGAUGGCUGCCUUGUGCCACAGGAUUUGCAUGCUAUCAAGUGACGGACCACUUUGUGUCGAACACGGCAUCUAUCUCCGAGCGUGUGAUCUUCGGGAAUCUGGUGCCAGUUCUGGCAUGGAGCGCUGAAAGCACAUUCCCCCACAUCUUCAAGACAGAUCGGGAGGCAAGCCUUUCAGCCAAGGCCGCCUUAUUUACAACUGUAUGUGGAGCAACCUUUUUCGUCAUCGAAGACCCACUUUUGGCACCACUUGGAGUGGGUGCAUGUUGCCUUUCAGGCAUUGUGCUGGUGGCAUACCGCUUGGUGCAGAGGGGAACUUUGGUGAAAACUGUAGACAUCCCAGUUGCCUGCCUAUUGGCAUUUGACAGCCUAGUCAGUUGUACUAUUGCACGUUUACUCUUUGGAUCAGCGGAUUCGGCAGCACUUAAAGACUGGAAACUGUGGUGUGAAACUCCACAGGUCCUGCUGCUUUUGCUUCUGUCAGGAAUCGGUACAGGGUUUGGACACUUCGCCGUGAUUUUGUGCCUGCAGAACUGCAGUGCCACAUUGACCAUGGUUGUGUGCAACAUUGCAUCAAUGAUGUGCCUGGUCCAAGGUGCGAUGUUGUUCAAUGAGGAGGAGUCACAGCAUUUGAUGUCCAUCGUGGGCAUGUUCGUCAACUUGACUGGUGGAAUUUGGUACGCCACCAGCCAGGUGGGAGCCAGUGAACACGUUUGUGACAAGGGAGGUCACCAGGAACACCUCUCAACGGGGAAACAUGGAGCAGAGGAGUCAGCCCAGUAG